AUGCUUGCAUGCAUUUCAAACAAUACUCACUCACUUGAAGUGACACGACAUUUGCAAUUGCAACAAGAUGAUCAAUAUGAAAAAGGACCGUAUGUGAUCAUCAAGGAACUUGGUUCAGGGCUUCAUGGUCGUGUCUUUUUGGCCUACGAUGACCAACAACAAUGUCAUGUUGCUGUGAAAUUGCCAACGGUGUUGACACUUGAUGCACUGACAACGGGUCACGUAAAUGUCAAUGAACUUGAACAACAAGUGGCAUCCAUUACCCACGAAUGCAACGCUAUGCGUCGCGUGCAGCACCCCAAUGUCCUGCAAGUUGACCGAUUAGUCUUGAAUCAGAAAUUUUCAUAUGACUACGUGGCUAUGGUGACCGAGUUUGCACCAAAUGGAGAUAUGUUUGACCUGGUGGAAGCAGCUGGAGCUCUUCCUGAACCAUUGGUGAAAGUUUACGCGUGUCAAUUGUUGCGUGCAUUGGAGGCGUGUCAUGCAAAUGGGGUUGUGCACCGAGAUGUAAAACCAGAAAACUUACUGCUGGACAUCAACUACCAGCUCAAGCUUGCAGAUUUUGGUGUCGUAGCAGUAGCACCAAUGGGCUCGGCUGCGACCAAUGUGUUUCCAAGAGACGAGAGUGGAACGGCAUUGUACAUGGCACCGGAGAUCAAGUCGAGACAAAAGUACCGUGGCACACCGGUCGAUGUGUGGUCAACAGGUGUGGUGCUCUUUAUCUUGAUGACUGGCUUCCCACCUUUCAAUGUAGCACAGGAGGGAGAUGUCUGGUAUGACGAUAUUCUGGCCGGUGACUUGGAGCACUUUUGGAAGACGCAGCCUGACGAAGUACUCUGUGCCAUGAGUCCUGGUGCGCAGGACCUCAUUUCAUCGAUGCUUGUUGCUCCUGAUCAACGCAUCACAGUGACGGAAGCCCUGCAGCACACGUGGCUACAAGGUGCCGACAGUGUGGAUGUCGCGCUGAUUCGCCAUGCCGUGUCGACACAUCUGGAAGCAGCUCUUGCUGCGAGCAAGAUCAUGACAGCCUGA